CACACACACAAAAAGCGCAUGCCACCACAUCAAUUCACGCUUCCAUAUGAGCACUGCCUCUGUCCUUUCAGCAUCCCAUUCCUCCCUGUCUCUCUCUCUCUCUGCCCGGAGCAUCUGAUCAUCUCUUUUCGACCACCACCGUCGAAAUUCUCCACCUUUAGCCCAACCUUACCUCGUUUCAAGGCUAUACUUCUCUCUCCGGAACCAGGUCCUUCAGAGCUUUGUCAAUGGAGUUGGCACUCUCCUUGAAAGCGGCGGAUGCUGCUAUUUCUCCUUCUUCCUCCUUUUCCCUCUACUGGAACCCUAAUCCCAGCCUAACCCGUCUGAGGAGCAAAAUCUCUGUUUCGCCUUGUUUUAGACCCUUCCAAUGCGUUCGUUCUUCAUCUCCCGAUCAUGGUCUGGUUUCCUCUGUAAAACCCACCUCGCGAGACCCUAUUACGUCUCCGUUCUCGUGCUCGGCCGUGGCUUCUUCGUCUUCGGAGACCACUUGUCUCGUGCUUCAUAGGCUUCAGAGGUUGGUCGCGGAAUUCCAGUCCUUAAUGGAGCCAGUGGAUCGGGUCAAGUGGAUUCUCCACCAUGGGAGUCUCAUCCCUCCGAUGCCCGAGUCGUCUCGGACCAAGGCGAACCGAGUCAUGGGUUGCAUGGCCCGAGUCUGGCUGGACGCCGAGCUGGAUCAAGAUGGGAAGAUGCGGUUUUGGGUGGACAGCGACUCCGACAUAACGAAGGGUUUGUGCUCGUGUCUGAUUCAGGUGGUGGACUCGGCGUCGCCCGAGGAAGUGAUGGGGCUGAAGACGGAGGAUUUGGCGGCGCUCAAUGUUGGGUUGUUGGGUACAGGGGAGAGGUCGAGGGUGAACACGUGGCACAAUGUCCUGGUGAGCAUGCAGAAACGGACGCGACGGCUCGUGGCGGAACGUGAAGGACAAGCGCCGGCGUUCGAGCCGUUCCCGUCGCUGGUUGUGACGGCUGAUGGGAUUGAGGCUAAAGGAAGCUAUGCUGAAGCUCAGGCAAAGUUUUUGUCUCCAAACGAGACUAGGGUUCAAGAACUUGUCAAUGUGCUGAAGGAGAAGAAGAUUGGAGUUGUAGCCCAUUUCUAUAUGGAUCCUGAAGUGCAAGGGGUCUUGACCGCCGCACAAAAAUAUUGGCCUCACAUUCACAUAUCCGAUUCUCUGGUCAUGGCGGAUACAGCUGUCAAUAUGGCGAAAGCUGGAUGUGAGUUCAUAACUGUUCUGGGUGUCGAUUUUAUGUCUGAGAAUGUUCGUGCCAUUCUUGAUCAAGCCGGGUUUGGAAAGGUUGGCGUAUACAGGUUGUCCGAUGAACGUAUAGGGUGUUCACUGGCCGAUGCUGCUUCUGCUCCUUCUUACUUGAAUUAUCUCGAAGAUGCUUCUUCCUCUUCUCCUUCACUGCAUGUCAUCUAUAUUAAUACAUCUCUAGAGACGAAAGCCUUCACCCACGAGCUUGUUCCUACAAUUACUUGCACUUCCUCUAAUGUCGUUCAGACGAUUCUGCAGGCAUUUGCACAGAUCCCGGAGUUAAAUGUUUGGUAUGGACCUGACUCUUACAUGGGAGCAAAUCUCGUAGAGCUUUUACAGCAGAUGACAUUGAUGACCGAUGAAGAAAUCGCCAGUAUUCACCCGAAACACAACAGAGAUUCCAUUACAUCAUUGCUGCCCCGUCUGCACUAUUUCCAGGAAGGGACGUGUAUUGUACAUCAUCUCUUUGGCCACGAGGUUGUCGAGAGAAUAAAACAAAUGUACUGUGAUGCCUUUCUUACAGCACACCUUGAGGUUCCGGGUGAAAUGUUUUCGCUGGCAAUGGAAGCAAAGAGAAGAGGGAUGGGAGUGGUCGGCUCCACACAAAACAUACUUGAUUUCAUCAGGCAGAGGGUUCAAGAAGCAUUGGACCGAAAUACCGAUGACCAUCUCCAAUUCGUUCUGGGAACAGAGUCGGGAAUGGUGACAUCGAUUGUUUCAACGGUUAGAAAUCUGCUAAGCUCUGCUCAAUCAAAAGUGAAAGUAGAAGUAGUCUUUCCGGUUUCAUCAGACUCGAUGACUAAAACAUCAGCCAGUUCUUCCGAGAGUCCGGAUUCCAUCAAAGUCGGCGAUGUGAUACUACCGGUUGUACCGGGAGUAACGAGUGGUGAGGGCUGCUCUAUUCACGGCGGUUGUGCUUCUUGCCCGUAUAUGAAGAUGAAUUCUCUGAACUCGCUCUUGAAAGUGUGCCAUAAUCUACCCGACGAGGAGAACACGCUCGGGCCAUUCAAGGCCGAGAGGUUUAAACUACAAACUCCUCAAGGGAAACUGAUUGCAGAUGUUGGGUGUGAGCCAAUUCUUCACAUGAGACACUUCCAGGCAAACAAGGAACUGUCCGAUGACCUCGUUCAUCAGAUACUCGGUUCUUGGGACAGGAGGUGACUCGGGUUGAGCCAAGACAGUUAGGUUACUGUCAUCUUUCUUACAAACUUCCUAAAAGGAAGCAGUGACACUGUCUCUCUGUCUUCCUAUUAUACAUCCUAUGUUUCACCGUCGGUUCGGUUAUCGGUUUAUCGUCAUACCGUGAGGUAGAACAGCGUUACGGGCACCGCAAAAUGUGGACCAACGUAUAAUACGGCAAUGUAACAAAGCAACGUUCUUGCCGAGGACAUCUAACCUUGGAAUGGUGAAACGUUUCAAUAACUGUAUUUUGCAUGUUUA